AUGGAGGUCGAUGAAAUUGCGGAAGAGUUGCAAGUUUUUGGGCUUAUCGUUGACGAUAAGGUUGUCCUUGAGAAAUUAAGCUUUUUGGGCGAAAGGUGGGGCUUAAACGCUAGUACACUCGUGGAAAAAUAUGUUGCUUUUCAACGGAAUACCGAUCUACCUGAUCGUAUUUCACUAAAAAAUGUUGAACUUUUUGACAGAGAGACGUCGGCAAAACUCGACACCGCUAAAACUCGGACCCCUAGAUCACAUGUUCCAAAAUCCGCAAAGAGCUUGUUGACAAAAAAUAUGUUGCAAGAGCUGAUGGUUGCGGAAGCUUGCAGCGAUCAAAGAGAUCUUUUGAGUUCCUACGGUGUUUCGAAGCCAUUGAUUCCUGUACCAAAUGGACGAUUAAUUCCAUCAGACAAAGAAAAUGAACCUGAACUUGAGUUCCAUGAAACUCAGCUGAUAGCGUCUUAUCCUUCAGACGCCGUUGAGUCGCUUAUCUGUAAUGGUAUAACUGAUUUCAUUGACUGGACUCCAAUUCUGCUGACUACCGGAGCCUAUGGAAAGCGAUACAUGAACCAACACACCUUAGAAAAUGCAGAGAUUAUUGACAACUGGACAUGGGAAACAAUCAAACGUGUUUUGAGUAACAUACCUGAAGGAUCAUUAGUUGAAGGCGAUCAGAAUAUUCAACAAUCUCAACCUACAAGUCGUGACUCAUUAUCGUCAUUAAUCAAUAAAAAUGAAUGCUGUCAACCAACGAGAACUGAAACUUCUACACUGGAACGUACAACGUUGUUGAGACCAGUUUUUUCGCGUGUCCUAGCUUCAUCUCUCAUUCCUGGAAGAGUUUCUGCAAAAUUAUCAGUACCUAUCAAAGGAUCUAGUGAAUCUUCUCAAAUCGCUGAGAACAGUAAACUUAUUACUGAAACCAAAACUCGUCUACACGUAUCAAAUGUUGCACUAGUUGGACUUCGCCGAGUCGAACGUUCAGGAUCCGAAACUGAUGCCGUACCUUUGGACUUGGGAUUUUCGAAAGAUCUAUCUUGUUAUUCUGUUUAUUCAGGUCAACCACUUUUGAUUCGUGGUGUCAACCCUACAGGUCAUUCGCUGGGUGUAAUGGAAAUUUUCCAGAUACCUAUUUCAAAACCCCCUUUUAUUAAUCCAGAUAAAUGCUUGGGAAACCUGCAUAUUAUGGUGGCCUGUGGCCCUUAUACUCUUUCAAAUUCACAUGAUCCUACAGGCCUUUUUAAUUUAUUGCGUUCCGUCAAACAAUCUAAACCCCAUGUUCUCAUCCUGCUUGGACCGUUUGUUGAUUCGGAGCAUCCUGGUAUUCAGUCUUAUUCUGAAACUACUUACGAAGAAUUAUUCCAAUCUAGAGUGAAUAGUGUCAGUGAAUGGUGCAGUCAUUUAUCUAUAAGGUUGAUAAUUAUUUCCUCCUGGAGAGAAUUACAUCAUGAUCCAGUGUAUCCGACUCCACCUAUCGACAAGUCGUGGAUAGAAAAGACACCACAUCUGUUAUCAUCAUACGAAAAAGUUCAAUUCGCUCCCGAUCCAUGUCUUUUCCAAAUUGGGGAAUAUGUUUUUGGUCUAACUUCGGUUGAUAUACUUAAAGAUCUUAGUUGUGAAGAAAUCAGUGCUGGUUGUUCGGGCAGUGAUAGAAUUACUCGUUUAUGUCGGCAUAUUCUCGCCUCAUCAUCGUUUUACCCUGUACAUCCCCCUGACGAUGGUUUACCACUUGAUUACCCUUUAUGGAGUCAAUAUGCACAGUUUUCAGUCACACCACACUGUUUGAUUUUACCGUCGAAAUUGCGUCAAUUUGUAAAGAAUGUAGAUGGUGUGUUGUGCAUCAAUCCUGGAUAUGUAUCAAGAGGAGAGGCUUUCGGUAGCUAUGCUGAAAUUGUUGUCAAUGUGAAUGAAUUUUCAAGUUUAAAUGAAAAUAGCAAUGAAAUUAACUCAAAUAUACCGGAUAACUUAUCAUCGGAACAUUCUAGUUUCAGUAUAUGUGGUCGUACAGCUGUCUCAAUCAAACGCCUUUAA